AUGGCCAGGGUCGAAACCGUCGUGUUCCUAUCCCUUGUACUUGACCUGUUUGCUUUUACCAUCCCCUUGCCCUUAUUUCCACGAAUCAUCGAGUGGUAUACUGUGAGGGAGAGUUCUAUCCCGGAUGGAUUUCUAUCGCGAACACUCCAACUCGUGUCUGCUAUUCGUGGUCUUUUCUAUCAUUCGGCGCAGAAUUCGCAGAGAUGGGACGUUGUCCUCCUUGGGGGUCUGAUGGGAUCCGUAUUCUCCACGCUCCAAUUUCUAGUCUCCCCAAAGAUUGGCUCAUUAUCCGACAAAUAUGGACGUAGGUUUGUCCUUCUGGUCACGAUGGCGGGAAACAUCUUGUCAGCCAUGGUAUGGAUCAAAUCAACUACGUUUGCCUCUUAUAUGCUGUCCCGUGUCAUUGGAGGACUUAGCGAAGGAAACGUCCAGCUCGCCACCGCCAUCCUAUCAGAUGUCACCACACCGGCGGAACGAUCUAAAGCGCUAGCCCACGUUGGGAUUGCAUUUGCUAUCUGUUUUUGCAUAGGUCCACCCAUUGGAGCGUACUUCGCAUCUAAACCAGUCCCGCAGGCUGUUAACGCGUGGGGCUAUGAACUUAACUUGUAUGCUGUUCCAGCGACGCUCACACUUGUGCUACUCAUCGCCGAAACGUUGUUUCUGGCUGUCGCACUCCCCGAAACACGGGGUCACAAGGCCGGGCGGAAAUCAGAACAGAAGGCUGAUAUCGCCAACUUGCGACCGCUCAUUAAACAAAGCAAGGAGAAACGACUCCAGCUCCUUCAGACUCUGCGCCGCCUGCACUUUCUUUUCCUGGGCAUAUUCUCCGGUGUUGAGUUCACAUUGACCUUCCUUACUUUCGACCUCUUCGACUGGAAUAACAAGCAGAACGGCGCCCUCAUCGGAUCGAUAGGUAUUAUUAGUGCCUUACUCCAAGGAGGCUAUGUGCGCCGGUCAACCAGCAAGAUCGGCGAGGGUGCCAUGGCCAAGCGUGGUAUCGUCAGCUGCGCCCUGAGCUUGGUCCUCCUUGGUCUCCUUCCUCGAUUUGUGACAACACAGCCCGCUGUGGCCAUGCGGCUGCUUCAGGGGGCGGCUAUCUGCCUCGCAUUCACGUCUGCAACGGUGGUCAACUCGCUGACCUCGUAUGCUUCGUUGCAAUGUGAUGAUGGUGUCCAUGGUGAGUCUGGAAAGACUGAUGAGGAUCCUCGACUGGCGAAAGGCAAAGCUCUCGGUGAAUUCCGCUCGGCUGGUCAACUCGGGCGUGCUGUCGGCCCGCUGCUCGCCUGUGCCACGUAUUGGACGUUCGGCCCGUCAAUUACUUACUCCACCAGUGCGCUGGCUAUGAUCUUCUUGGCUGGGAACAUAGUCCUGCCGAAGCUACGAAUCUGA